GCUGCUCCAUCACACUCCUGAACACUAACAUGACACUCCUGGACACUAACAUGACACUCCUGAACACUAACAUCACACUCCUGAACCACUAACAUGACACUACUGAACACUAACAUGACACUCCUGAACACUAACAUCACACUCCUGAACACUAACAUCACACUCCUGAACACUAACAUGACACUACUGAACACUAACAUGACACUACUGAACACUAACAUGACACUCCUGAACACUAACAUGACACUCCUGAACACUAACAUCACACUCCUGAACACUAACAUGACACUCCUGAACACAAACAUGACACUCCUGAACACAAACAUCACACUCCUGAACACUAACAUGACACUCUUGAACACAAACAUGACACUCCUGAACACUAACAUGACACUCCUGAACACUAUCAUGACACUCCUGAACACUAUCAUGACACUCCUGAACACUAACAUCACACUCCUGAACACUAACAUCACACUCCUGAACACAAACAUGACACUCCUGAACACAAACAUGACACUCCUGAACACUAACAUGACACUCCUGAACACUAACAUGACACUCCUGAACACUAUCAUGACACUCCUGAACACUAUCAUGACACUCCUGAACACUAACAUCACACUCCUGAACAUUAACAUCACACUCCUGAACAUUAACAUCACACUCCUGAACACUAACAUGACACUCCUGAACACUAACAUGACACUCCUGAACACAAACAUGACACUCCUGAACACUAACAUGACACUCCUGAACACUAACAUGACACUCCUGAACACAAACAUGACACUCCUGAACACUAACAUGACACUCCUGAACACUAACAUGACACUCCUGAACACUAACAUGACACUCCUGAACAUUAACAUCACACUCCUGAACACUAACAUGACACCCCUGAACACUAACAUUACACUCCUUCACCUUUUCUCCUCUUCUCCAGCUUGUUUCCUAAUCCAGUUGUCUUUUGAAACUAUUGUUAAAUCUUGGACAAAUUGAUUUUGGUCCUUUUUGCUGAGUGAUAAGUUAUUUUUGUAAGUUGUAAAUCUGGGCAGAGUCAGAUUUUGGCCAGUGAGGUGUGAGUGUGGGCGGAGUCUGACUUUGACCAGUGAGUGUGGGCGGAGUCUGACUUUGACCAGUGAGGUGUGAAUGUGGGCGGAGCUAAGGCAGCCACCUCUUGCUGUGUUUUCCAGCGGUCUGUCUCACUCAGUGAUGGAGGACAUGCAGAUCAUCCAGCAGGAGUCUCCAGCUCCGAGCUCCUCCAGCAGGAGAGUGUAUGAGGAGGACGAGGA